CACCAGGGCUGCGUGCGUCUCGGGACGCCAUCACGUCACCUUCGUGCGACACGUCUCGCCGUUCUGUUCGUGGCGUGUUUCGGCAGCUCCUUCCAGGAUCCGCGUGACCUUCCGCAUGUUCUAGCGCACAGUCCGGGGAGUCCAAGAACUUCUCCUUGAGGCCGGGGAGUCUCGGCGGACCCUCCGGGCCCAUCGGAGACGUGAGGCAGAGUCGCUUUAUUUCUAACACCAAUUUCAAACUAUUUACCCUUGGAUAACAGUGCAAUUCUAUGAAAGUAUGGCUGGUUAUAAGCCUGUAGCGAUCCAGGCAUAUCCUGUACUUGGUGAAAAAAUCACCCAAGAUACACUGUACUGGAACAACUAUAAGACCCCUGUUCAGAUCAAGGAGUUUGGUGCAGUGUCAAAAGUAGACUUUUCUCUACAGCCUCCGUAUAAUUAUGCUGUCACAGCUUCUUCAAGGAUUCACAUUUAUGGCCGAUACUCCCAAGAACCUAUAAAAACCUUUUCACGAUUUAAAGACACAGCAUACUGUGCUACUUUUCGGCAGGAUGGUAAACUGCUUGUGGCUGGCAGUGAAGAUGGAGGCAUUCAGCUUUUUGAUAUAAGUGGCAGGGCUCCCCUCAGGCAGUUUGAAGGCCAUACUAAAGCAGUUCAUACAGUAGAUUUUACAGCUGACAAAUAUCAUGUGGUCUCUGGGGCUGAUGAUUAUACAGUUAAAUUAUGGGAUAUUCCAAACUCCAAAGAAAUUCUGACAUUCAAAGAACAUUCUGAUUAUGUGAGGUGUGGAUGUGCUAGCAAACUGAACCCAGAUCUCUUUGUAACAGGGUCAUAUGAUCACACUGUGAAGAUGUUUGAUGCACGAACAAACCAGAGUGUUAUCUCUGUUGAGCAUGGGCAGCCAGUGGAGAGUGUCCUGCUUUUUCCCUCUGGAGGUCUUCUGGUAUCAGCAGGAGGUCGUUACAUUAAAGUCUGGGACAUGCUAAAAGGAGGACAGUUGCUAGUGUCUUUGAAAAAUCAUCAUAAAACUGUGACGUGCUUAUGUCUGAGCAGCUCUGGACAGAGGUUACUUUCUGGCUCACUGGAUAGGAAGGUGAAAGUAUAUAGCACAAGUUCCUAUAAAGUAGUCCACAGUUUUGAUUAUGCAGCUUCAAUUUUGAGUCUUGCACUUGCACAUGAAGAUGAGACAAUAGUUGUAGGAAUGACCAAUGGAAUACUGAGUGUUAAACAUCGGAAAUCUGAAGCAAAGAAGGAUUCUCUUCCCAGGAGAAGAAGGCCUGCAUAUCGAACUUUUAUUAAAGGAAAAAAUUAUAUGAAACAACAGCCCAGUUGUGCAAUAAAGACGCCUGAGAUUACAGUUUCCAUCAUAAAGGAGCUAAAUCGAAGAGGAGUCCUUGCAAAUGCCCUUGCAGGUCGAGAUGAAAAGGAAAUCAGUCGUGUUCUUAAUUUUUUGAUAAGGAAUCUGUCCCAGCCAAGAUUUGCCCCUGUUUUGAUUAAUGCUGCUGAAAUAAUUAUUGAUAUAUAUCUACCUGUGAUUGGUCAGUCACCUGUAGUUGAUAAAAAGUUUUUGUUACUUCAAGGACUUGUAGAAAAAGAGAUUGAUUACCAAAGAGAACUACUAGAAACCUUGGGGAUGAUGGAUAUGCUUUUUGCUACCAUGACAAGUAAAGAAAGCCCUUCUUUGUUGCAGCAUAAUGCAUCUGAUGGAUUUCUAGAGAACAAGAAGAUUGAAUCAUAGCGUGUGCUUAACAGGACACAUAAGAACUCCUAACUUGGAAUAGAUUUGAUGCGGUUGACUACUGGGAGGAGACUCUGUUUGAUACAUAAAAAAAACUAUUUACAGAAGCAGUUUUAUGGAAGAGACUGGAAUAACUGUGCUUGGAAAAUAAGAACCUGUUUUUAAUCAUGGUUUUCCAUGUGCUAUUUUGAAUUAUCUCCUGGCAUCUUUAGCUGGAAGAUGUUUUGGUCAUAGUGUAUGUCCAUCUUGGACAAAUUGACAUUAAUUUUUUUUUUUUUUUUUUUUUUUUUGCGUUUCGCGGGCCUCUCAUUGCU